UCUUAUUUCGCUAUUUCUACUUUUUAAUCCCCUUUUUCCUCGACCCAUUCGAGAAAAUAAAACGAAGUCCUGAUCGACGCCAUUCUCCUCCCCUCUCUCUCCUCCUCCUUUUUUUUUUCUACCGCCGCUUGAUCGACGUUGUCUAGAUCGAGCAGAAGCUCUUUGCCUUCGAUUGGGGGUGAGUCUAGAUGGGGCGGCUGUUUCUGGUUAGCCUGGAGGGCAAGAUUUACAGUUGCAAGCACUGCCAGACUCAUCUCGCACUCUCCGACGACAUCCUUUCCAAGGCAUUCCAUUGCAAACAUGGUAAAGCAUAUCUCUUCGACAAAGUUGUAAAUAUAUCUGUUGGAUUUGAAGAUGAUAGAAUGAUGACGACAGGGUUACACACUGUGUCUGAUGUUUUCUGCGUUGGUUGUGGCUCUAUUGUUGGAUGGAAAUAUGAGGUUGCUCACGAAAAGACCCAGAAGUACAAGGAAGGGAAAAUUGUGCUAGAGAGGUUUAAAUUGACUGGUCCAGACGGAAGUCGAUACUGGAUAACUCAAGAUGCUCAUAUGGGAGGCAGUGACCCGGAUGAUGUAUGAUCUCGAUUUAGACUCGAAGAAAGUACAAAGUAUCCUGAAUGUAGAUUCUUUCCCGUAAUUGAUCUUGUUUCAAUCUAACAAGUGGAUUCUAGUAAUUUGUGUUUUACUGGUUGAAUUAUAUGUAUAAUCAUUCUGCUCA